AUGGGAUUCUGGUUCUGCGUUGUAACUGCGAUUUCUCUAUAUGCUUUCAUUCUUGCUCUUGCCCUUAGUUUCACACGCAAUAAGAAGCUACCACCUAGUCCCCCUGCCAUACCCAUCCUAGGAAACAUCUUUUGGCUCCUAAAAUCCUCUAAAAACUUCGCCGACAUGGAACCCUUGCUUCGAUACUUACGUUCCAAAUAUGGCAACAUCGUCACCAUUUACAUGGGGUCCACUCCCGCCAUUUUCAUAACAGCCCACGAAACAGCUCACCGAGCUCUUGUGAAAAACGGCUCCGUUUUCGCCGGUCGUCCUUGGGCUCUUCCAACCACCACUGUCUUCUUCCCUAACCAACAUGGCGUUAGUACUUCUCAAUAUGGUCCUACGUGGCGGCUUCUGCGUCAAAACCUCAUGCAGAUCAUACAUCCUUCUCGAUUACAUUCAUAUUCUCAGUGUCGUAAGGGUGCUUUGGAUCUACUCAAGAAGAAUAUUCUGGCUGAUAUUGAAUUGGGUAAUAAUAAGGCUAUACCUAUUUAUGAUCAUAUCGAGCUUUCCAUGUUUGCUUUGCUGUCGCAUAUGUGUUUUGGAUCAAAAUUUGAUGAGCUUACUGUUAGGGAGAUUCAAAAAGUUCUCCAUAACGUGCUUCACAACUUCAUUAGGUUCAAUGUGCUGAAUUUCCUUCCAUUUCUGUCCAAGAUUGUGUUUAGAAAACUAUGGAAAGAGCUUCUGCAGAUUCGUGAAAAUCAAGUUAAUUUCCUCCUCCCAAUCAUAAAAUCUCGCCAUGAAUUAACAAAAAGCAAGUUGGGUGAAGAACAGUACGAGGAAGAAAAACAAGGGUUCACUGCUUAUAUUGAUACUCUUUUCGAUAUGAAACUGCCUGAUAGUGGAAGGAAGCUAACAGACGAAGAACUAGUGAGCUUGUGUUCCGAGUUCAUGUUAGCUGGAACAGACACGACGGCCACCACGUGGUUAUGGGCAAUGGCGAAUCUCGUGAAGAAUCAAACCGUACAAGAGAAACUGCUGAAUGAAAUAAAUCAAGUUGUGGAACCAGGAGAAGAAAUCGAAGAGAAGCACUUGAAGAAGAUGCCAUAUCUGCAGGCUACAGUUUUAGAGACGAUACGAAGACACCCACCCGGACACUUUAUACUGCCCAGAGCAGUAACACAAGACACUGAAAUGGAAGGUUACUUCAUACCCAGAAACGCGAUUGUGAAUUUUCUGGUGGCUGAAUUAGGGUGGGACCCAAAUGUGUGGGAAGAUCCAAUGGAGUUCAAGCCUGAAAGGUUCCUGAGGAAAGGUCAAAGUGAAUUAGGAGAAAAAGAGUACUGUGAGUUUGAUAUAAAAGGAUAUUCAGAGAUCAAAAUGAUGCCGUUUGGCGCAGGAAAGAGGAUCUGCCCUGCCAUAAGCAUGGCUCUGCUUCAUGUUGAGUAUUUUGUGGCCAAUUUAGUGAGGGAUUUUAAGUGGACGAUGGAAGAUGGGUGUGAAGUUGAUAUGACUGAGAAGCAAGCCUUCACUAUUGUGAUGAAGAAUCCUGUGAAGCCCUGUGUGACUCCCAGAUCUACCCUUUGA